AUGUCAACACUCAAAGUGUUACCAAUUAAUGCCAAAGAUGCAUUAUCACCACAAGAAAUUAUUGAUCUAUUUAAGAUAUCUUUCAAGCAUGAAUUAUAUGAAUCUGAUCUAGAAGAUUUAAAAGAGACUAUUCAGGCCAUUAAAGGUUAUUUGUACGAAAGAGAGUAUCUAUCAGCCUUUGACUCUGAAAUAAAGAGGAUUGCUUAUUGUUGUAGGUGGAGUCCGAGCAGGGGCAUUUCGUAUUCUUCUUUAUUCUCCUUUAUUAAACCCAUUUGCAAUAUUUUAAAAGGCUUUGGAAUGAAAGAAAAUGGAGAAAGUUUGGAGGAAGGAAUAGAGUGUUUGGAUAUUAAUGAUAAUAACAAAAAUACUAAUAAUAUAUUAUGUAUUGGUGGUGGCGCAGGUGGUGAGUUGGUAGCAAUUGCAUCCAUUUUUACGCUAUCAAGAGAUUUUAAUAGUAAAUAUUAUAAAACAAAGGAUAAUAAAUCUACAUCUUCCUCCAUAAAUUUAAAACUGGUAGAUAUUGCAGACUGGUCUAGUGUGGUAAAUACUUUAACCAAGGAAAUAAAUAAAAAUUGGUUGCGUGAUUUCAGUAGUGAUUUUAAAGUUGAAUUUGAAAAUCGAGAUAUUCUAAACAUUUCAGAAUUAGGGUUAAACAAAAUGGACCUGAUUACUCUUUUAUUUACAACCAAUGAACUUUUCAAUGAAGAUAAAGCUGGGAGUAUUCGAUUUUUCCAGAAAUUGAACGCUGAAUGUCAUAAAAAUGCAUAUUUAUUGAUUGCAGAGAGUGCUGGUAGUUAUUCACAUAUCACGGUUGGUAGUAAAAAGUUUCCAUUACAAUUUUUGAUAGAUACGUUAUUGCUGGGUAAGAGAAAAACAGACGGUGAUUGGGAGCUGGUUGAUGAAAAUGACAGCAUUUGGUAUAGGUGCAAUGAGGAGCUAGACUACCCUUUAAAGAUUGAAAACAUGAGAUUUUUCUACAGACUGUACAAAAAAAAGUGA